UCUUAUACAGCUAUAAGUAGUUCUUCUUCUGAUGACAGUGAUGAAGGCACAGAUGAAGAACUAAAGAGUGAAGAAAGUGACAUUGAUGAAAAGAUAGAAAUGAAAGAAGAGCAAGAGACUCAUGCUAAAAGGGAUAUGGAAGAAAGAGCAAUAAACAUAGAAAUUCCUGAAAUCUUGAAAAAGAAACUUGAAGAGGAUUGUUACUAUAUUAACAGGCGAAAGCGACUUGUGAAACUUCCAUGUCAGACAAAUAUAAUAACCAUCUUGGAAUCGUAUGUAAAGCAUUUUGCCAUUAAUGCAGCUUUUUCAGCCAAUGAGAGAUCACGACACCAUCAAAUGACUUCACACACCAACUUGAAUCUUCAUUAUGUCCCACCAGAAAAAAACGUUGAAUUAUGUAAAGAAAUGGUGGAUGGGCUAAGGAUAACCUUUGACUUCACUCUUCCUCUGAUUCUGCUAUAUCCCUAUGAGCAAGCACAGUUUAAGAAGGUGACCUCCUCCAAAUUUUUUCUACCAAUAAAAGAAAGUGUAGCAAAUUCUAACAGAAAUCAAGAAGAGCUUUCUCCAAGCCCACCUCUUCUGAAUCCAUCAACUCCACAAUCCACAGAUAGCCAGCCUGCAACAGGAGAACCUGCAACACCUAAACGUAGAAAAACUGAACCUGAAAUCUUGCAGUCUCUAAGGCGCUCUACACGGCACACAUCCAACUGUGACAGGCUGUCAGAAAGUAGUGCUUCUCCACAGCCAAAAAGACGAAAUAUUGAGGCUCCUGCUUCAAUGCCAAAAUUGUUUUUGCAUCUUGAAAAAAGUAAGUUCUGUGUUAAGAUGGAUAACUGA